AUGGUCCCCAUCACCGUGGCACCCCCAAGCAACCACUUGUGUCACUUGCGCAGUGAACCGGCUGGUUCCUUUGCUGUCCAUCAAGCCAGGAACAACAAGUGCCCAGCUGCAGCAGGGCUCUGCCGCCACGGAUGGGCCUGCCAGAGGUUCCCGGACUAUGCCACCAUCGUGGACGGGCCCAGAGCAGCUUCGGAGCCCCCGCAAGGCAGCCGCCCCUUCUCUUCGACGGGCCGGGCAGCCUGUGCCAUUGCUCCCGAUGGGCUCGCUUGUCAUUCGUCGCAGUACAUCCCGGGAAGGCAACCCUGGCGGGGCGGCGCGGCUCCGCCCGGCGUCGGCGGCAGGCUUUUCCGCCCCGGGGGCAGCGCCCCCGGGGCGGAAAAGCCUGCCGCCGACGCCGGGCGGAGCCGCGCCGCCCCGCCAGGGUUGCCCGCGGGGGGCUUCACGCCGCCCGAGGGGGGCUUCGGCUGGGUGGUGGUGCUGGCCGCCACCUGGUGCAACGGCUCCAUCUUCGGCAUCCACAACUCCUUCGGGAUGCUCUACGUCCUGCUGCAGGAGGAGGUGGCCGGCGGCGCCCAGGACCCCGCGCUCGAGUUCAAGACAGCCUGGGUUGGAUCUUUGGGCAUGGGGAUGAUCUUCUUCUGCUCUCCCAUUGUGAGCAUCUUCACUGACCGGAUCGGCUGCAGGACGACGGCUGCCUCUGGAGCAGCUAUUGCAUUCAUCGGACUCUUCUCCAGCUCUUUCACAAAGUCCCUUGAAGUCCGCUAUUUCACAUAUGGGGUUCUUUUUGGAUGCGGCAGCUCCUUUGCUUUCCAGCCCUCUUUGGUCAUCCUCGGCCACUACUUCAAACGGCGCCUGGGUCUGGCUAAUGGCUUGGUGACUGCCGGCAGCUGCCUCUUCUCCAUGGGCCUCCCAUUCCUCUUGAAGAUCAUUGGCCGAUCCAUUGGGCUGGCACACACCUUCCAAGUCCUCAGCGCCUUCAUGCUCGUCCAGAUCUUCUUGUCUUUGACUUUCCGUCCCAUGUUCCCUUCGACCUCUGACCCUCACGAUGUGGAGCAUGUGAAACUGGACAGCCGAAGCUGGAGGCAUCAGUGCGCAUCUCAGAUGCGGAAGUAUUUCAGCAUGAAGGUCUUCAGGAAGAAGUCUUACCGGAUAUGGGCUUUUGGGAUUGCAACUGCCGUUCUGGGGUACUUUGUACCUUACAUGCAUCUGGUAAAAUAUGUGGAAGAGGAGUUCAAAGAAACAGAAAAAGGGUGGAUUGUGCUGGUUUGCAUGGGAGCCACAUCAGGGGUUGGACGCUUGGCUUCGGGACCAAUCGGUGACCUGAUCCAUGGGUUGAAUAAGAUUUACUUACAGGUGGCCUCCUUCGUCCUCUUGGGCCUGAUGUGCAUGAUGAUCCCACAGUGCCGCGAGUUCUGGGGGGUCCUUGUCGUCUGCCUCUUCCUUGGACUUUGCGAUGGACUCUUCAUCACCAUCAUGGCCCCGAUCGCCUUUGAGCUGGUUGGGCCCAUGCAAGCUUCUCAGGCCAUUGGGUAUCUUCUGGGAUUGAUGGCCAUCCCCAUGACAGCCGGUCCCCCUAUUGCAGGAUUACUCCAUGACCGUUUUGGGAAUUACCACCUUGCCUUUUAUUUUGCUGGCGUUCCACCAAUAGUUGGGGGUCUAGUUCUGGCUGUGGUUCCGGUGAUCCAUCAAAGAAAGUUCAGGAAGCAGCAGCUGGAGUGUGGGAAAGACAAGAUGUUGGUUUCAGAGACUGCGAUGAACGGAGAGCUCCUUCCAGGUUCCCCAGCCAUGGAGGCGCACAUCUAAAGCCAUCUGUAAGAUCUCCCG